GAGAGAGAGAGAGAGAGAGAGCAAGAGAAAGAGAGGAAAAGGGGGGAGAGAAAGAAGAGAGAGUAAGCUCUUACGCUCGCACGCGCUCAUCGAGGGUGCGAGAAAAGAGCCCGGGUUCCCUUUGAAAGGCGAUCGUCGCAUCGCGGCUCCGGAGCGAACACGUAGAUUUGCCGUAAAUCUGCGGUAGAUACGCGUCCAACACGGUGCGAAAUAACUAAAUCGACCGUGCAUCGAGAGGAGAUCACGUCGCUGCAUCGAGCCGUCAGGGUCGUCCGCCGUCGACGACCGUGCUGGAUAGGGUACGGAAGAAGAGUGCCGACAUGUCGGCGUUGAACGCCGCGCUUUGUAGAAGCGGGAUAAUCCUCUGGCUGGCCGUCGUCCUACUGCUUGCGUCACGAUCCACGCAUUCUGCACCGGUAUAUGACCAGGAUACCACACAGAUCGCAGAGUACGAUGGAGCCACCCCUGGAUGUUACUUCAACUACCAGCGGUAUCAAGAAGGCGAUAGGAUCAUGACAAGUGAACCAUGUCUAAACUGCACGUGCCACAACCGAAUGUUGAUGUGCUACUUGAAGGUCUGUCCCUUCACGAAAGCGAUCGGUCAGGAUUGCACGGUGGAGAAACGUCCGGAUCAAUGUUGCCCUGUGAUCACUUGUCCGGAAGUACCGGUUCAACUAUUGACAUCAACAACAAGUGCACCGGAUUCCACGGAAAUCGGAUUCCAUGACAAUUAUGGCUGCCAUGUCGACGAAAGGUUUUAUGCAGACGGCGCUAUGCUGCCGUUGGAUCAUCACAAUCCUUGCGAGCUUUGCUAUUGCAUUAGAAAUAGAACCACUUGCGUCAUGCAAGAGUGUACUUUACAAGUGGCUGGAUGUAAACCUGUCUAUCAACCGGGUGUAUGUUGUCCGAUCAAGUACAAUUGCGAAUACGAUGAGGAAUCUAGCACUACGGUUGGUCCAACUCCCGGUCUCAUCAUGACCACAACGCUACCUCCUGGCAUAUUACCUCAAUGUUAUUACGAAGGUAAAGUUUACGAAGACGGUGAUUUGAUUUACUCCACUCAGCCUUGUCAGCAUUGCUAUUGCUUCCGAGGCGAGAUCGCUUGCGCUGUGCAAAAUUGUGGAACGCCGAUGCAAGAGCAUGGAAAGAAUUGCACGGCCUUACCGCCGCCAGAAGGAGAAUGUUGUCCAACCAUAUAUGAGUGUGAAGAAGGAAUCACUACAGUACGAGAUGAAGGUGAAGAACAGUUUUCGGAACAAGUACCACAUGGUCAAGUGACUGAAUCUCCUAUACUGAUUGACCAGGAAGAUCAACAAACGAAGGGCGAACAACCUCAGGAAGAGGUAUUCCCAGGUAUCGACAAUAAUAUACCGUAUGCUCAGGAAGAAGAAGAAGAUAAAACUGUUCAAGGAACUAUCGAACACAUUACCCAGGGACAUAUUCCAUCUACCGAAAAACCUGAAGAAGAAACCGCAACACUGCCGACAGAAAAGAUAGAAACUACUACUGCUGAGAAAGAAGUUACUCCUUCUCACGAACAUGUUACCGAAACUUCUCCUGAGAUAACAUCGGAAAAGAUAGAGAUAAUAUCGGAAGUGCCCUCUGAAACAGAAGCAACAAAACUAGGAGCACCUACGACAGUACAAGGAACUGAAGAAAGUUUAGUUACUGAAGGACCUGCCACUGAAUUACCGGAAGUUUCGUCUAUCGCAGAAGGCUUGCAACCCGAAGAGAAGUUGUUAACAACAGAACACGUACCUACAGAACGUGUAAGCACAGAAGAGAAUAUAAUUGAAGAGGAACAUAGUACUCCCGCUGUCACUGAAAGGGGACAAUCGAUCGAACCUUCCAUUAGCGAAACAACGCAAACCGAAGGUCCAAUAAAAGAAGAAGAGACUACUAGCCCGCACGAAGAAUUGUCAACUCAAACACAAGAAGAGAUAACACAAGAAGGACAAAUUGGUUCAGAAAAACCAGAGAGUUCAACUGAAGCUAUUGAGAAAACAACAUCGCCAAUCGAAGAGCUUGGUAUCAGCACUGUUUCUGAAUCUAUUAGCGAGCAACCAAAGGCAGAUGAAGGUAAACCCGAAACUAUGCCAGGUGUACUUUUAGCAACAGAAACGGAAUCACCGAAAGAAGAAGAAACUGUGACUCCUGCUCAUGAGGUAUCCAGUACUGAACAAAUCACUACUGAGAGAGAAGAGGUGUCGCAUCCAACGGAAACCGCUAUUACGGAACAAUCAACUGAAAUAAGUGGUCCUUCUAAAGAACAACCUGUUGAAGAACAGAAAUCAGUAAUAAGUGAAGGUGAAAAGAAACAACGACCGGAAGAGACAACAUCCGAACACGCAAUAAUUGAAGAGCAAGCUACUGUUGGCGCUAAGAAAGAAGAUGCCGGUUUGACUGAGAGCUCAGUGAUUAGUGAAGAACCUCUCGUCACGGAAGUGUCACAUGCAGAGGAAGAAUCAACUCCGGAAAUUCCAGCUCAAGGUCCAACUGGCAUACCGAUUCCCGAACGAAGUCCAGAACAGAAGGCAGAAGAUGAGAGCGUAUAUCAUGUGACAGAAGACUAUCAUGGUGUCACUCAUCCGGAAAUUAGUCCUGAUAAUCUCAUAACUGAGGUUCCACAGAAAAUACCUGUAACUCAUCUCCCGCAGGAACAAGAGACAACGCUAGCUCCAUCAGAAGAAACUGCAAAACCAAUUGCAACGGAAGGUAUUGAAGUAUCAAUGGAAGGAACGACAAAACCAAUAAAAGAAGCUACAGAAAUAAAUCUACCAACUGAGCGUAAACCUGAAAUUACUACAGUUUCUGAAGAAACACAAAGCACACCUGCUGUCACCGAAGUUCAGAUUAGCACAGAAUCUUCUACAGCUAUUAUCGCUCAAAGAAUACCAGAAGAAGAAAUACCUGAAAAAUCUACUGUGCCAGAGGAAACAGUAAGUGAAAUACCACAAACGGAAAUUCAGUUAACAGAAAAGUCUCCUAGUACUGAAGAAAUGCCCACAAAAGAAUUUGAAGAAUCUAGUGAAAGUUCUGGGGAAGUCAGUGAAAAAGAAGCGCAACCAAAGAAGGAAGAAGAAACGCAACCCCCAAUCAUAACAGAACCAGAAAUAGCUCCCGAAAUAUCCACAACUAUUCCAGCGGAACAUUCAACAGUGCCUUCGGAUCUUGAGAAAGAACAUACAACAGCAGGUGAAUAUGUUACUACCGUCAUUUCUUCUACUGAGCAAUCAACGCACGUUCCGCAAGUCGAAGAGAAAGAAACUGAAAUAGUUCCUAUUGAAAAGGAAGAACCAAUUACUGAAAAACCAGUUGAGGAACAUGUUACGGAACAUCUCAUUACAACACCGGGCAUAAUUGGCGAAAAAGAAAAAGAAUUACAAACUGAAGAACCUGUUUUGAAAGAAGAGCAAACCACGGAAGCGAUAAAGACGAUAGAAACGGAAGAAGAACGUACAACACGAGUUCCUGCAGUUGAAGAAGGAAUAACUGAGCAACCCGAACAAUAUACAAAGAAAGCUUUGGAAGAAGCCGCUGUUACGGAAAGUCAUGGUCCAGAGGAAACAGAAAGUACGAAAGCCGUGUCAACAGAAAGUACAGAACAACAAACUACUACAGUAACAGAAAAGGAACCAACUGAGGAAAUUGUGGAAUUAAAACCAACAGAAAUUACCGGUGUCGAACAAACAGAAUUGCCUGUUGAACAUACCACCGAAGCAGGCAAAAUUGAAGAAGAAGGUGAAGAAAAGAUUUCUGUGCCUGUAUCCACGGAGGAAAUACAAACAGAAAUUCCUGAAGUUGAAACUGAAGCCACUGAGACAACGGCGGAACCAGAAAAGAAGCAGACUGAGACUUCCAUCAGUGGAAUACCAAGUCAACCUCCGAUUCCUUCAGAUCGCAAAGAAGAUCAGGAAUCGAUUGAACCAGAACACGAAGAGCAAUUAACACAGAAACCCGAGAAAGAAAUAACUGAGACGUAUGAAGAACCACAGAAACCGACAGUUCUUCCCGAAGAAGAAAUAUCUCAUAUUCCAUCUUCGGAAAGUACUAUUACCGAAUCUGUUCUGCCGGAAGAAAAACCGGUUGAGGGUAGUACAACGGAAUCUGUUACUGUUGGCGAAGUUAUUACGCCAGAACAGCCUGAAAUAUCGAGUGAACAACCGAAAGAAGUCACAACCGAACCAUCCGGACAGGAGGAACAGACUCAACAGCCAAUCACUGAGAAACAACCAGAAAUUCAUGAGAAAACAGAGAUUGAAGCAUCCAGUCCUGCAACUCACGAAGAAUCUUCGACUCCUGAAGUUUCUACAGAAUCAGUUGAAGACAUAGGUGUUAGUAAGACAACCGAAACCGCGGAAAGUGAAGGUACGACAAUUUCAGUAUUAGUUUCUGAGGCAUCAACUAAGCCGCCUGGACUUGAAGAAUUUACAAAGCACGAAGUUCCUGCCGAGAAAGAAUUUACACCUGCAACCGAAUCUAUACCUUCGGAAAAAGAACAGCCAGAAAUACAAGAGCAAGCCACGCAACCAUCACUAAAGGAAGAAACACCAAUUAAGGAAAAAGGUGAAACGGAAAGUCCAGCUGAAAUAUCUACAGAAGAAGGUAUAAUUUCUGAAACACCUGAAGUAUCGAUUACCGAACAACCAUUGAAGUCCGAAGAAGAAAUUGUUCAAAAAAUGAUUACGGAGGUGCCGGAGCACGAAGAAAAAGAGAUAUAUUCAACGGUUGUUCCAAAAGAAACAAUUCAAUAUACAACAAGCAUUCCAGAAGAAAUUUCUGUAGAAGAAGAAAGUACAACAGAGUUCGCACUUCGUCCGUCGGGUAUUCCAGGAGAAGGUAAUUGUCUUGUUGAAGGACAAUCUUAUAGCAACAAUUCAGCCGUUCCACCAGCAAACGCGUGUCAGACCAGUUGUCAUUGUAUUAGCAGUAUUGUACAAUGCGAACUCGUGCAAUGUCCUGCCCCGCCAGCGCAUCUAUCGAAUUGCAUGCCGGUUCACACAAACGGAGAAUCUUGCUGUCCAAUGUAUGCUUGUGAUUCCACACCGACUGCUGAAUUGGAAUCCGACAGUCAUGUAAUUGAACCUCAUGUUUCCGGAGAAGAAGAAAUUCAGAAGACUGUUUCGCCUACGGAAAUAUCAAAAGAAGCUGCAACAGAAUCGAGUACAUUAGCUGGUGAGAUUAGUACUCCGAAGUUACAACCUGUAGAAAUUACUGUUCCUCCUAUUACAUCUGAAGAAGAAACAGCAACUGAGAAACAACAGACCACUCUCAAACCUAUUGAAACGGUUUAUGAACAGCCCACUACAGUUCGACAACCCAUCGAGCAAUAUCCUGAAGAACACACUAUUAGUUCGGUGUCAGAGACAUCGCAAGAACCCUCCAGUCAAAUACCCGAAGAACAUACUGUGUCAUCAAUUAUACCAGUAGAAACUACUGAAAGCAAAAUUAGCGAGGAAGGCACAACAGAAUCAGCAGGUUUGACUGAACAACCACAGGAAGAGAUUGGACAAAAACAGAUUCCUACUAUUGGCGAAGCAAUUACUUCCACGCAGGUACCUGCCGAACAGGAAUCUCACAGCACUGAAGAACCUAUUACGGUUCCUAGUUUGACAGAAGAGAAAGAGACUUCUGUUCCUGUCGAAGUAGAAGAAAGUUCAAUACCUAUUGAGAAAGAACAAGAAGUUACAACUACAGCAGCUAGUAAAGCUGAAGAAACUAGUAUACCGACCAAAGAACAGGAAAAACCCACCGAAGAAGAAGGUAUUGAACAACAAUCUACAUUUAAACCAAUUGAAAAAGAACAACCCGAAGAAGAAAAAGUUUCAUUAAAACCAAUUUCUGAGGAACCUGUUACCAUCGAAGAACAGGAAACAUCUACGAAAUCGGAAGAAAUUUUAACGGAGAAACCAGGUAUUCAAGAGGAACAAAGUACUUCAGUUCCUGAAAUACAAUCAACGACUGAGCAUAAGCCCGAGAGUGAAAUUGAAAAGGAAAAAGAGCACGAGACAGUUACAUCAACUGAAACUGCUCAAACCGAGGAACCAGAAAGUCAAACAAAAUUGCCUCCAAGCGAAAUUGAAACACAGGAGCCAAUUAUACCUACUGCUGAAUCGACGACAUUGAUACAUGAUCAUACCAUAAGUGAGGAGACGUCAACAAAGGAAUACACAACUAUAAAAUCUGUAGAAAUUUCUACUGAAAAAAGCACAAAGACGGAGCUGAAAAUUACAACUCAAACUCCUACAACUGAAGAAGAACAUGUUACUGUUGCUAUCUUGCCUGAAACAGAAACGCCUAUCGAGGGAACUACUAAACUAGUCGAAGAAUCUACUCCUAAAGUUUCCCAUGAAGAAACAUUACCUGAAACAACAGAAAGUGCAAUAGAAAAGGAAAUUACAGAAUAUCCUGAAAAACAAACAGAACCAUCAAUUAUAGAGCACGAAGAAGAACCGUCAACUACAAAAUUGCUCGAGGAAAAGCCAUCGGAAACUGAAUCUUCAGUUAUUAGCGAGGAACCAACUGAACCUACUGAAGAACACGAGAAACCUACUGAAACUAGCGUCGCUCAGGAACCAGGAAGUACGCAAGUCUCCGUUGAGAAGCAUCCAGAAACUACACCCGAAAUUGAAUCUCAUACGCCCGAAUUACCUGCCGAAGAGCAUACUGAGGAAAUAUCCACGACAUCUGCAUCUGUAGAAGAAAAAGCUGGCGAGCAAUCUACUACACCGAUCGUAAAGGAAACUGAGCCUAGUUUGAGUGAAGAGGGAACUGAACAGCCUGUUAUUUCGGAAUCCGAAACACCAGUUGCAGAAGAGGAACACGUCACCGUUCCGAUUGUAGAGCAAACUUCAAAAUCUGAGUAUCCUAUCGAGGAACAGACUGUUACUUCUCCCAGCGAAGAAAAGAUAACGGAAGGCGUUUCGACAGAAGUUAUACCAGUAACGAGUCAAGAGGAACAGAUAACUGAAAAGACAAUAGAAAGUGUUAAACCAGAAACACAGUUGCCUGAUUUAGCGGAGGAACAUACUGUUGUUCCUGAAAUUUAUAAAAAAGACGAAGAACAGAAACCUGAAAUUGGAACAACGGAAGAACCUGGUAAAGAGUACCAACCAACUACGGUUCCAGAAUUAAUAGGUGCAGGUGAGAAAGAAACGGAAGAAGCUGUUAAAGAGGAAGCUGUGACAUCUAGUACUAUAGAAGAGCAUACCACACAAAAGGAAAUUGAAUCAGUUGUAAAAACACAUGAAACAACAAUUAUUCCAAAAGAACAGAAGCCGGAAGAAGAAGGUCAAGUUACCGAAGCUUAUUUACCGGGCCAUCCAGUGAGUGAAGAAGCGACAACCGUGACAAGUUUGGCACCCGAAGAAUAUUCAAUUGAACCGGUAAAGACAGAAGAACAAAGUACUCAUGAACCUGAAUAUCAGACAACGCUAUCUACCGCAGAAGUAUCGCAGCCAGUGACCGAAAUUAGCGAAGUGGAGAAACUUCCACCCGAAGAAGAAACUGUUACAGCUGAAAGUACAGAGAAGCCAGAAGAACCUGUCACCAAACUUGAAAUGAGUUCAACCGAAAAGCCUGGGGAAAUUCCAUUUGAAACGGAAAAGCCUGAGGAAAUUCCACUUGAAACGGAAAAACCUGAGGAAAUUCCACUUGAAACGGAAAAGCCUGAGGAAAUUCCAUUUGAAACGGAAAAGCCGAUUGAACCCGAACGAGAAACAGAACCUCCCGAACAAGGUGAAACUACUACAAAAGCAAUUGAAAGCGCAGUAACCAAAGAAAUAUUACCAGAAGAAGCGGUUUCAGUAGAAGUGACUCCAAAAGUUGAAGAGAAACCGACAGAAGCUUCUACAGCAGGAGAAGAAGAGGAAGUACAUUCUACCCAAUCCACAGAAACUACUUCUGUUUAUAAGGAAGAACAACCGUCGAUAACUAAAUUAGAGCCUACUGAAAGGCCUCUUCCUUCUGAGGAAGUAACCCCUGCUGGAGAAAUUCAGCCUACCCAACCUGAAGAAAGCGAGGAAGCCCAUCCAACUGUAUCCGAAGAGGGUAUAACCGAAGAACCUCAGUUUACUACGGAACAUGCGCCCGAAGCACCUGUUACGACAAAAACAGAAGAGCACCCGGAAGUAGAAGAAGGACCAGAAACUAUUGUGACUGAAAGUCCAAUCAAGGUUUCUAGCGUGAAACCAACUGAAUUACCUGAAGAAACAACUACCGUCGGACCAGAAGUAGUAUCAGAAGUACCCGAAUCUCAAAUUCCGAUAAAAGAAGAAGGUCCGCAACCGGAAACGCCGGUUGAAGAACCUGUCACAAAAACACAACCGAUAACCACGGAAAUAUCAACUGGAGAAAUUACAGAAGAGAUUCCUGAAGAAGAACCCAUUCAUCCGCAAGAAGGUGAAGAGCAGACUCACAUUGACCACUUCCCGGAGGCUACCGUGAAACCAGAAACUGAUUAUGGUUUCCAUGAACAACGGCCAGCGACUACUCCUCAUAUUCCAGAAUAUCCUGAUCAAAGCGGAAUAUCGGGUGAAGACAAUUCUCACUUCCCCCUACCCGGCUAUCCGAAUCCCGACGACGACUAUGGCGAGGAUGACUAUGGAGGACCGGGCACUUGUCGAUAUGGCGGCAAGGUUUACGUUUCGGCACAACAGAUACCGAGAGACGACCCGUGCGACUUCUGUUUCUGCUUCAGGAGUGACAUCAUCUGUCUCCAACAAAGUUGUCCACCGCCUAUUCCAGGCUGCCAUGAGGAACCGAUCAGCGGUUUCUGCUGUCCCAGAUACGAGUGUCCCGUAUCAAUGGCUACGGCUCUUAACUUGACCACUACCACUACUACAACCACGACCACGUUACCACCACACUUUCCCGCGCACGCUUAUAAAGGAGCCGCGAGGCGAAGCGGUUGUCAACUUAAUGGCCAUGCCUAUCGAGUGGGAGAAGUCAUUAAGUCAGCGUCUAAUCCUUGCCUUCGUUGCAUUUGCGGAAAUGAUGGUAAAAUGAAAUGCGAUCCGCAAGUAUGUAGUCCGGAACCAAUGCUGAGGCAAAUGAUAGCUGCGACUACAGAUGCCAAAAGAAGGAGAUGAGCCGCCGAGUUGGAUCGAGGGAUUCAUCUUUACAAAGAAGCAUAUAUGAGGGCGAAAAAGUCGACAGCAGGAAAAAAUUCAGUGUUGUAUAAAAGUGAAUGAAAAUUAUUCUAAACUACCUAAACAUCGCGCGAAACACAGACAAUAGUGUGCUUCGACGAUUACGAACUGAGUGGCCAAAACGUAAACGUUUAUAUUAAUAAUAUUAUAUUAUGUUAUAUAUAAAUAAAAGAAAAAGAGCAACGGAGAAAGAAAGAGAGAGAAAGAGUGGAGGAGGGGAGGAGGCAUACUGAUUGGAGUAUCAUAGGAGAUUAAUUGUGUAUUGAGGCGUGUUAUCGGUGCUAAUAUGCGAAUAUGAAAGGAGGAAGCUAGGCAGCAUGGAUAUAGAAAAUAUAGACAAAAAAGAAGAAAAAAAGAAAAAAAUUUGUCGUGUAACGAACAUAAUUCCGCGUUCUGUCUCGCGUGGGAUAUUUUAUAUAUGCCCUAAAAAGACAAAAAAGAGAGGAAAUUACUGAACGUACGAGACUUAUGACUGUGCCUUUGUCAGUGUCGAAUAUCAACGGCACUGGUUUCGUUUCGGCAACGAGCGCCGUCCGCAGCCACGGUCAUCGUCGUCGGUAUUAAAAAAAAAAAGGAAACACGAAAAGAGAGAGUUGCGAUCAUAACUCGUGAUAGGGAGGAAAAAAAGAAGAAAAAAAAUGCAAUGAAUGCAUUUUG